AUGGCAUCUCUUCCUGAAUUGCCCGCCGUCUCGACACUCUCGAAGUAUGUGACUAGGGUGCUCGGACAGAACCCCGGCAAGUUCACGCUGCAAGGCACGAAUACGUACCUUGUUCAUCACCCCGCGUCGCCUUCUCUCCUCCUACUCGACACCACCGGCCCCUCCUCAGCUUCACCGCUCUCGCCCUCAUCCCUCCAGACCUACCUCUCCUCCCUUCGCUCAGCAAUCGCAUCUCACCCAACACAACCAGCUCGCAUAACCGACAUCAUCCUAACGCACUGGCACCGGGACCACACUGCUGCUGUAGGGCACGUGGUGAGGAUGCUGGCGGAGCUGGAUGGUUCGGAGAAGGCGAAGGUUCGGGUGUGGAAGUUCCCCUGCGCAACGGGCGAAGGCGGAAGCUCCGACGCAUGGAAGAGCGAACGGACGAAAGAUGCAGAGCUGGAGCGGGACCUGGAAGGGCUCGGUGGAAACGAGCUGGCGCGCGCGAGCGACGGUACUGCGGUGCACCCGCUGCGGGCGGGACAGCGAUUCUCCCUCGCUCCCUCCGGCGCCUCACCCGCUGCGAGCGGUACGGAAGACAGCGUUGAGCUUGAAGUCGUCCAUACGCCGGGACACACGAGCGAUUCGAUCUGUGUCCUUCUGCGCGAAGGCGUUUCCUCCUCCUCCUCGUCCUCCGCUUCCCCACUCGGCCUCUUCACCGCCGACACCGUCCUCGGCCACGGCACCGCCGUUUUUGCCUCGCUCUCCGCCUACCUCUCAAGCCUCGCCUCCCUCAUCGACCUUCUCUCUCCCACUUGCUCUGCACCCAUCCCGCUCUACCCAGGACACGGCGAAGUCGUGCAGGACGGUCUGGCCAAGAUCAAGGAGUACAAGACGCACCGAGAAGACCGGGAGAAGCAGGUUGUCGAAGCGCUGAAGGCAGUCGAGGGAGGAGAAGCGGUGACGGCGGGCGAGCUCACCGAUUUGAUCUACGCCGACACGAUCCCUUCGUCGCUCAAGCUCGCAGCAACGCACGGCCUGCUCCUCCACCUCGAGAAGCUGCGGGAGGAAGGGCGGGUUGCGCGUGUCGAGCAGCCAGUUCCAGAAGGACUCGAUCUCGGCGCUGCUGGCGGAGGCGGCGAGGUGCAGAUCCCGCAGGGCUGGUUCGAUGGGUGGAAGUGGGUUGAUGCGAGCGAAGCUGUCGAGGGCAGGCUGUAG